UCAAAAACUCCCCUUUGGCCAGCCUUUUUUUUUUUUUUGUAGAGUUGCGUGUGAGACUAUUUUUAUUUUCCAGCGCUUGCAGCGUGUGUCCGUGGUUUAAGAGGUGGACGGCAUUGUCUCCGUCUCCCCCUCUUCUAUGCGCCCCUUUUUUUUUGGCGCGUCCCGGGCGCCGAGUUUCUCGCAAAAUUUUUACAGGCGUUUUUUUUUGAAAUGUGUCAUUCUUUCUCUUUCGACUCUCUGAUUGACGUGCAGGCUCUUCGGGGGCUAGCCAUCGGUGACGGGCUACUCGUUUGACCCCGGGGAAGAGAGUGUAUAGCGCAUCCCUAUGUUCUCGGUUUCCUAUAGGUUCAAGAGCAAUAAGGAAGAAGACACGCAGCGCUACAGCUUCAACAAUGCCUAUAUUUCUGUGAAAGAGCUCAAGGAGCACAUCGAAAAUGAGAACGGGUUGUCUUCUGGAAUAGAGCUCGAAGAUCCCGAGACGGGAGAAGUGUACCGAGACGACGGAAAGGUCGCCAAGAAUUCGUUGGUUUUGGUGAGUCGACUCGCUAAGAAGUCUCAGAGGAGCAACGGGAGUUUCAUGACUCAUUCGGCGAUAAAGCGCGUGCCGGCGGCGAAUCAGACGCCGCCCGCCGGACUGACGUAUGUUUGCAACCGUUGCAGAAAAUCUGGUCAUUACAUUCAGAACUGCCCAACCAAUGGGAAUCCCGACUUCGACCGCCCAUUGCAGCGCUUCGUCGGGAUUCCGCUGAGCAUGACGAAGAGGGUGUCGAGUGGAGACACGUCGAAGCCGACUUUGGUGUUACCGGAUGGCAAUUUGGCUGUAUUAGUUCCGAACGAUACUGUGUUUGAGGCAGGCAGAGCGUCGCUGUUGGCGCUGGAGGCUGAGAAGAAGAGCGUGCCGGAGGAGUUUCGCUGUUCGAUGUGCCAGAAUGUGUUUAAGAAGCCAAUGAGAGUUCCAUGUUGCAGUGCUGUUUUUUGCCAGGCUUGCAUAGAGCCGUCGACGUCGGCCGACCCCGUACAGUGUCCGAUAUGUCGGAAGGUGUCUUUGUUUGAGAGGUUGGUGGCGGACGAGGAGUUGGAGUUGAGUAUAGAGAGGUGGAGGAGGGAUAGAGAGGGGAGGGAGGACGAACCGCCUCGCGCCGAGGGGGUGGAGCCUGGUCGCUCGACGGAGUUGGAGAAGCCGCAGGUCGACGAUGGGGGGAGUUUGCUGUUGCCUGCUGGGACGGGCGGCGCGACGGUUAGCAAUUGUGUGGCGGAGUCGAUUAACGUGAAGAGGCCGCCAAAGAUAAAGCGUCCGCCGCCGCCGCCUCGUCAAGUCGGCAUCGCCGAGGCCGCGAUCAACAGUAAGGCACAGCAAGGAGAGUCGGACGGCGCGUCGGAGAAGAAGAGAGAGGGCGAGGAGGUUCAAAAUCUCUCGUCUUCGGCUCAGGUCGCUUCGAGUCCGAUCGACGGAUCAAAAGACGAGCCAAAGGACGGGUCGAAGGACGAACCGGGAGACGGAUCGGGAGAUGCGUUGCGGAGAGAAGAAGACGCGGGGAAGGAGUCGCGAGAGGCUGAGCGUCGGUUGCCUGGUCCAUCCAGUGACGAGGGGAGGAGGAAGGGGUGGAGGGCGUCACGCGAUUCGUCUUCUAGGAGGAAGGGCAGGAAGAGGUCGUCUUCGCCGGAUGCGUUCAUGGAUUCGUCUGAUUCGCAGUUGACGGAGGAGGGUUCGUCUGCGAAGAGGAGGAGGAGGCUGUCCGGGUCGCCUGAGGUGGAGGGACAUCGGCACCGUUAUCGAGACGAAGAGAAGCGGCGAAUCGAGCGAGAAGAUGGUCACUAUGGUCGGGUUGAAGAGGUGAAGAGGGCUCUGUCUCGCGUGUGUCGAAAGCGCCGUCACUACGGAGACGACUAUUAUCGCCACGAGGAGUGCCUUUACGAAGGAGAACACGAUUAUAGGUACCAUCGACUGCGUAGAGACGAGGAGUUACUAGAGAGCGAGAACCACAGAGGGCGUUGUUGUUACGUCGGCGCGUCGUCGUCCAAUGUCUCGUCUCAUCGUUAUCGCGAAGAUGAGGCCGCGCCAUGUCACCACCAUGAAUGUGACUGUCGAAGAUACCGUGACAGCGACUCUUCUCACCGCCACCACCAUCGCCACUCUCCCUCUAGGCAGCACUCCGCGCACGGGAACCACGAGUGUCAUUGCCGCCACUGGAGCGGCUAUCAUCGCUACCACGACGCCGAGCACUAUUACGACGACCCCUCCGGGCACGAGAAGGAAGAAGACCAGCCUCGAGGUGGAGAAGACAAGAAGAAAAAGAGAAAGAAGCGACACGGAAGACGGGACAACCAAAACGCCGCUCACGUCGCCGACGACCCCAAAUACAGCGCAGAUGUGUUCGACGAUGGAAAUCGGUAUGCCGUGGAGUCCAAGGCCGACGACGUCGUCUCGACGGACCCCACCGUGUCCAGUGCCAACCGCGUCGCGAGGAAAUCCCGCAAAGAAGACGUUCCUAGAAAGCGCGCUUCCACAACUCGUCCCGGAGAAUUGGCCAGGGACGGGGCGUGUUCCUCUUCGAACAACGGCCGCUGCACCGAGGAGCAGCAUCGGCCUCAGCACCACCGAGACGCCCCCUCUGUCGAUCACCCGUCCGACCAAGGAAACCCGAAACCUGCGUCCGCUCGCAAUCCUCCAAAGCAAACUAAAAAAAAAAAAUCUAGAAGCUCACAUAGAAGAGGUCGUAGAAGAUCGCGCGCCCACUCGUCGUCUCAUAAAACCAAUGAUAAAAACAAUAAUAACAAACGCCUCAGAACUUCUCAUCCUUAAUGCGCCCAUCAACUCGUUCCCGUCGUGCACGAACUUUUAUAUAUAAUCUCUAUUUUUGCGUCGUUUCUGUAAGGGGAAAAAUAUAUAUAUCUAUUUCCUAAAACCAAGAGAAGUCCCCUUCAGCCUUCUCUCCUUUUGGCGAUCUCUAUCUCUUCUUCUCGUCCAGAUCGUUGUCUCAAGGCCUUCCCAACCCUCUGACGUCUGUCCGCGCCCCUCUUCUUGCCAGCUGGGAGAAGAAAAAAAAAAGAGUCAACCACCUAAGCCACGCACGGUUCGCCAACGUGCACAAUCGACGUACCCAACGAAACGCUCACCGCCUGAUCCAACGGUGAAAUGCUCGGCUCCCUUUCUAAGCUGUCCGCCCACCUCUCCUCUCUGGAGGACGACUUCUCCGAAUAACAUCUGCACCUCCUUGCCAUCCUCGCGUAGCAAUUCACUAAAUACGUGAUCAUCUUCGAAAAAGUGUCAGCACGUGUCUCCCUUCUGUGCACAACGCUCAAGUGCUACCAACGCGGCCCCCUCCCUCCCUUUCGAACUUUUGGAUUCGCUCUCUUCGACGCAACCCUGUCGAAACCGGCGCGUCCUCCCUCCCUCCCCCUUUUCUUUUUUGGUUCGCCCUCUAUCCCCCAACCGACUCUGAAUUCCGACCCCCACAGAUUCAUCAUUUGCUCUAGAAUCGGCCGUGGCCACCUACGAAAAUGACAUGCGCCGCUACGAACCUUAUCGUCUUCAACCUCUUGCUGCAAACUGUUAGCCCCAUAAAUUUCGCAAAAUACAAA